AUGGCUCGAAGGAGGAAGCCCCCACGAAGCGGCGCCAUCACCGAGCUCCCACCCCUCCGAAUCGCCGGCCAGAUCGCAGCCCUGCAGGGCAUAUACUAUGCGGUGGCUCUCGUCCUCAUGCUCUUCAUGGCGCUGGUGUCCGGUACCGGCUUCAGUCUGGACCUCGUGUUCGGCUGGGGAUCACUGCGCGGCGACACCACACAGGGCUGGUUGGUCGGCUUCGUGUGGUUGUGCUGCGCCGGGGCUGUUGUCGUCGCAUUGGUUGCUUUGAUAGCACGGUCGAAACUCAUACCCGACUUCGCGCUGACGCUACACGUCAUUCAUCUCGUUGUGGUGUACUUCUACACGGGCCUGCUGCCGCGGUUCUGGAUGUGGUGGGUUACGAUGGGUGUCUCGAGUGCGGCGACUGUGGUUCUGGGCAUGUGGGGAUGCAGAUGGCGAGAGCUGCGGCCGAUCUCUUUCGGCGGAAACAGGCCGAGUAAUGACCCAGGAGCAUCCACCGAGAACGGCCCUGCCGACGGCGGGGAGGAUGUCGGAGAUGCAGAAAUGGGUUUCGGUAGGGGUAGGGGGCGCGGGAGAGGCAGAGACGGUGCCGGGGAGUAUGAAAUGGUUGGCAUGAAACCUGAUGAUAGGUAG